CCGGACGCGCGUGGCGUCGGCCUGGGAACAGUGCCCCCACCAGCACGCCAAGGAUUCAGUAUCCGGAAGCUGCGCCUCUGCCUAGCCAUGGCCCAGGAGACUGAAAACAGUGAUCCUGUCGGAUCCAUCUUACUCCAGAGCAGAUAAAAAAGCAACCCACCAACCAAACCUUGAGAAUUCUGAAGAGUAAUCUAGUUUCAUCCCUUCCAGCAAUGGAGAGACAGAAUUCCAGAAAGAUGUGCAGUGCUACAGAUACUAGAUGGGAGAAAGUCAUCACACUGAAAGGGGAAACCCACACAUGAGUACCUAAGAAGGAUGUUGCCCUGGAACUGCCUCUUUGUAUUUCCAGAUGUUUUCAAGCAAUUGUUACAUUGGCUUGCAGUAGUCAUUUGGACAAAACAACAGAGAGAAGUACAUCUUCACUUAGUACCUACCAGCAAGCAGUAGAUGUGUUCAGACCCCAAUCUGUGGGGCCCAAAGGCUUCAUGUGACAAUUUGUGUACAGAGUACAAUGAUUGAAUGUGUCUGCCAGGCUGCAGUGCCCAUCACCGAGAAAACGCAAAUUCUGAUAUUUUGAAUCUGUGGGAGCGUUCCUGAGCAAUCUGUAAGGCGGGCUGGAUGAAGGUGGUCCAGUAUCCUCACAGAGAAAAGGUCCAAGAAGACCUUUAUGAAUUGAAGAAGAAAUUAAUGAAAUUUCCAUGUGAGGAAAAAGGAAAGACACUAGAUAUUCAGCAUCUUGAAACAGCAAUUCGAAGGACAGAAAUGGGGUUAAGAAUUCACAUUCGGAAAUAUUUAGAUGAUGUAAACCAUCGUGUGUUAAUGACUUCUGUUGAUGAGAACUUACAUUCUCCUAUAGCUUCAAAAUGGUUGUUUCCAACUGUAAUUGACCAGAAGUUAUUUGUUUUUCCCCUGGAAUCUGAGCAUAAACUUCGGCGACUCCCAAAACAGCAUAGCUCACUUCCACAUAUGAUUUCAAGAGCAAAGCAAAAGAUAGAGUUGAAUGUAAAAAUCAUGCAAGAUCCUGAAAACACACAACACAGAGCUGCUGUAAAUGCGAACUAUGGAAUCAGUUUGCCACACAUUAAUCAGAGAAAAGCACGUGUGAGUGUUCAGAAGUUAAUAAAAGGCUCCACCGUAUCCAACCUCACAGUGCUGCCGUCUUCUUUCCGCUCUGAUCCCUGCUUUGUCCCAGUCCCGGUCCUACAGAAGGAUGCCAGUAAAGGAAUUUUAAGUAUGAUGGAGCGGGGACUGAUUCCCCCAACGGCCAGGAUUACCUUUCAGAAUCCACCCAUUACGCCCAGGGCAGCUCCUCUGCACAGUUUCAACGAAGCACAUAAGAUUGCACCUACAAUGCCCAUCACUGUACCUGAGAAACCAGUGCUGGCUCCAGCUCAAGAAGUGACGCCUGAGAAACAAAAAUCAAAGGGGAGAGGCAGAAGGUCAAGAGGACAACACGAAGGGAAGACCAUGAAAAUCACAGCUCCUAGAGCUUCCAAGUCAUCAUGGGAUUAUGAUUUUUCUAUUCUUAAUGGCGUCAUAGACAAGACAGCCCCUGACUUCUUAGCAUUCAAGGAACAUUUUAGCUUAACUUGGGGGAGCAUUUUCUCCCUCUUAGAAUACAUCGAGAAGUUUCUCAGGGACUAUGCCAUCCCAGAAGUCAAAAUAAAAGGGAGAAGUCUGGUGGCCCUCCUUCCGGAGUUUGAGCUGACGAAUAAACUUACCCGCUGCCAGCUUCUCUCCGUGUUAGAGAACCCAUUUCCAGUCCAGAUGUUGUUAAGCCUCCCCGGACAGAGAUAUAAGGGCCAAGGCGGGAAGUCAGAGGCUGCCAGCAAGAUCCAGGCCACAUGGAAGUGCUACCGGGCACGACAGUUCUUCAUCACUUACCGCCAGCAGAAGUGGGCAUCGGGCGUGAUUGCCAUCGCGUGGCUUUUGCACUGCCACAAGGCUCGACUGAAGCAGACCUUGAAGGAAUCGCGUCAGAGACACCUGGAGAAUUUCCGCAUCCGAGCCAAGCAUCUGGCAGCCAACUGGAAUCGCAUCAGGACCUCCAGGAGGACUAUUAUCCAUAUCCCAUCAUUAGGAUAUUCCCAGCCUGUGCGAGAACAUAUUGGUGAUUUUGGCACGCAACAGAAUAUGCAGCUGGGGAGGCUGUGUGACAUCUUAGAUGACAAUGUGAAUAUCAUCUACAUCUGCUCCCAUCACAUGAAUGACGAGUUAAUGCUGUAUUACAAUAAAAUCCUAAGUCUACAUGCAGCUGUCAAAUCAGGAAACCUUGAGGACAGAAGUGACCUGCAGCACAGGUUCAAAAUUAUCACCCCUGAAGCUGUAAACUUCUUCACUACUCAUCAUAUGUGCCUGGCCACUCACCUGAUGUACAGUCCCAAGGCAAUCAAAAGAAUAAAAAAUCUCAUCCAAGGCACGGAGGCCUACAUCGUGGGCGGGUUCCUCCACAGAGAUGAUUUAGCCGUGGCUGAUAUGUUAAAUGUACCCAUCCUGGGCUCAGAGCCUGAACUGGUUCAUCUUUAUAGUGCCAAGUCUGGAAGUAAACAGGUCUUCAACAGUGCCAAUGUGCCAAUCCCUCCUGGAAUAUAUGACAUCUAUAGUUAUCAACAGAUGAUAGAACAGCUGAGCCAGGUGGUGACCGACCACCUGCAAAUCCAGCGCUGGCUCUUUAAAAUGAACUUGGAGUUUGGAGGAAACGGGACUGCAUUUUGUGACAUUCCUUCACACCUGCAGUGCUACAAGUGGGCACUCAAGGAGAACAACAGAUACAGCUGCGAAGACUGGAGAAAGAAGUGGGCACAUGAGCCAGCUUUGGUGAAGAUCUCCGAGGAGCUGGCGGGCAUUUUAGCACAGCACGCGCAGCCAGUCAAUGAGAAACGGUUCCCAACGUGGAGGAAAUUCCUCCAAACAUUUCUCAUUCAAGGGGGCGUGAUCGAAGCCUUCCCGCCAGCAGACAGUGUCACCAACCUGACAGUAGAUAUGCUCAUUGAGCCCAGUGGAGAGAUCCAGGUGCUGUCAACAGGGGACCAGUUCCAUGCAGAAGGCCCCUUCAUUUCUUCUGGUACCACCGUGCCCCAGGCCUCAGUGGACCCUCAAGUUCUCAGUUCUCUCUGCCUCCAAAUCGGAAAGGCCUGCCAAGUGAGAGACGUGGUUGGUUACCUUUCUAUAGAUUUGGUGACUUUCAUUGAUCCAAGGACCUUGGAACAGCAGGUAUGGGCAACGGGCCUCAACCUCUCAUAUAGUGACCAGCUGGCUCUGACUCAGCUCACCCUCUACUUGACAAAUGGCCAUCUGGAUUGUGGAUUGAGCACCCUUGAAGUGCCCCGCUUUGUCCCAAAGAAAAAAACAAAAGCCAAGUGCCACAGCAUCCUGCCAGUGCCGUCACAGGAAACCAGUCGCUAUGCAGUGAUGACCACCCAGCUGAAGCAUAACAAUCUCUCACUGGUUUUCCACUAUGUUUUCCUCCAGAUGUGCAAGGCACAUGGCAUUGGUUAUGACCUUGAGGACAGACAAGGAACUGUAUUUAUAUUAUACGAACACCUGAAGAGAGACAAGUUGGGCAUGUUAACAAUCGGUGUGGAUCUCCAGGGGGUCCUCAUGACCUUUGCUCGCAAUCUCUUCAUCAUCCAUCAAGAAAUAUCAGCACCUAAUAUGCAAGGCGAGACCAAUUUUAAGACCACCAUUGAUGAUAUCAAGACUAUUCUAGGAGUAACAAAGGAAAACAAAAUGAGAUUUGAAGAAGAACUACAGUCCAAGGAUGAUAAAAACCUCUCUAUGAAUGAUAAGUGAUUCUGAAACACAUUACAAUUUGGGAAUCACAGUCCAGAGCAAGAAAUGGCAAUACUCCUUCUGGUAUUAGGAACAAAAGAGGUGGUGGGUGGAAUGAAUUUUAUUUGCUAAGGCAUGAAGCAGAACAGGUUAAAAUGGAUUUUCUUUUUGAAAAUGUAUUAAGUGUCCUUAUUUUAUUCAUUAAGCCAAAAUUUAGGGGUGUUUUUACUCAGUAAUGUUAAUCCCUUUCCAAAGAAAAAUAUUCUGAUAAAAGAACAAAUUACAACUGUAACCCAUAUCAUUUCUACAUCUAUUUCUCUAUAAGCUUCACAAUUAUAGAGUUCUUGGAGUUUUUUAAAUGUUUAUGAAGUUUUCUCCUAUUUCUAAGAGUAAUUUAUCAUCUGCAUUAAAACACUGAAUAAAGGCAGAGUCUCUAUUUGUCAAACCACAAUGUCCUUUUUUCUAAGACACACUCAUUUAUGUGAAAUUUUAAGUGAUUCUUUAUCACUUUCUGUAUGUUUAUUGUACCAAGCCUCUACUGUUAGUUGCUACUGUCGAGAAGCAGAGGAAGCCAACCUCUAGCUAGCCAAAGCAGCAGAAUGUGUCUAGGUGGCAGUAUCUGCUCUUAGUUUAAAAUACAGUGUAACUCAAGCUUUGAGCUUGGAUAACCAUUUCUCCUUCUCUGGUUCUCUGCAUUUAAUACUGCACUAGGAUUUUUACAGGGUGAAUUCAACAGUACUUUUUAAAGGGGAAUAUUAAUGUUAUGCAAUGCUGACACCGCAUCUGCUGCAUGAUUGUCCAAAGUAUUUCUACAUCAGCUUCACCAACAUGAAAUAUGCAAGGUGCAGCACCAAAUCACAUUUGGUAUAAAGAAUAACAUUCGAAUCUAUAAAAAUACUUGACUGUAUUGGGACAAUGAGUGUUUUUCAAACUAUGGAAUUUCAAUAAAUUUUUAACUGUGCUUCGGCUACAGGCUAAGAGUUUCUGCAACAAACAUUAACAGUUCUCUGUGUUGGUUUUUGUUCCACCAUAGUUGCAAAUACAUUAAUUAGCCAGGUUUCCUGCCUGUGUAGGUGCAAAGGUGACCUCUUUUUCUUGCCAGUUUUGUCCUAUCCAUAGA